AUGGCAGAUUCCGAAGAGAAACCUCGCCCCAACGACGCCGAAUACACUAAGACGAAAGCGCUGCCACACUGCCGGCUGGUCAUCGAUCAGGCUGGCGUUACGCCCGAGGUUCUUGCCUACGACUAUCAAGGGUCCGGUACCGAACAAGACCCUUUUGUGGUUCAAUGGAUUCCACACGACCCAAGAAAUCCCCAGCAAUGGAGCGACUCUAAGAAAUGGUUUAUAACAGCAGCCGUUGCAACAGCCACUUUGACUGUUAGUCUGGUAUCAUCGGCAUAUACAGGAGGCAUGAAACAGAUCAUCCGAGACUUCCACCUCAGCGAGGAGGUAGCAACUUUGGGCAUCUCUCUAUUUGUCCUGGGUUUCGCUCUCGGGCCUUUGCUUUGGGCACCACUUAGCGAGAUCUUUGGCCGUCAGCUACUGUUUAUUGGAACCUAUGCUGGCCUUACAAUCUUCAAUGCAGCCUGUGCUGGUGCUCCUAAUGGGGCUUCGCUACUGGUCUUCCGGUUUCUAGCUGGCUCUUUUGGUUCUUCUCCCUUGACCAAUGCUGGAGGAGCUAUAGCUGAUAUGUUUCCGCCCCAUCAACGAGGCCUAGCGAUGACGCUCUUUGUGGCUGGACCGUCCCUUGGUCCAGUCUUGGGCCCAAUUUGCGGUGGAUUCCUUGGGAUGAAUGCUAGCUGGCGUUGGGUAAUGGGAUUCCUUGCGAUUUUCGCUGGGGUUAUGUGGAUUGGAGGAACCAUCCUCAUCCCAGAAACCUAUGCCCCGACACUACUGAGGCGCCGGGCUGCUAAACUGUCUAGUAUGACUGGCAAAGUGUAUACCAGCACCAUUGACUUGAAACAAGGGAAGGUUUCUUUGCGCAGUGCUAUUGGCACCUCCUUGCUGAGGCCGUGGAUUCUCCUCUUCAAAGAACCCAUUGUUCUUCUAUUAUCGAUCUAUAUGGCGAUUAUCUAUGGUACCCUCUACUUGUUCUUUGCCGCGUUUCCAGUCGUUUUUGAACAGGCUCGGGGUUGGAGUCAGGGUAUCGAAGGUUUAGCAUUUUUGGGCAUAGCUGUGGGUAUGCUGGCGGCUUUGAUUUAUACGAUCCCUGACAACAAGCGUUAUGUCCUCCUCGAUAAAAAACACAACGGUUUUGCACCACCAGAAGCUCGGCUCCCACCAGCAAUAAUUGGCUCUUUUGCCAUUCCAGUGGGGUUGUUUUGGUUUGCUUGGACUAAUUAUCCAUCCAUUCAUUGGAUCGUCAGCAUCAUGGCUAGUGCUCCUUUCGGCUUUGGUCUGAUUCUGGUGUUUCUAAGCAUCAUGAACUAUCUGGUCGAUGCAUAUACGAUCUUUGCCGCUUCGAUGUAUGACAACUUGGGGCUGCAUUGGGCAUCAACCGUCCCAGCAUUCCUGGCAUUGGCCUGCGUUCCGUUUCCCUACCUUUUCUACGUAUAUGGAGCGCGCAUCCGGACUCAUUGCAAAUUUGCAGCUGAAUCGGACGCCUUUAUGCAAAGUUUGAAGCAGGCCCAGGCCCAGAAUCAACGAGAACAGGAGUUAGAGGAGCAGGAUAACAGUACCGAGGACGAGCGUACAGUCGUUGACGAAGGAGUUAUCAUUUCAAGCCAUAGACGAACAUCCUCGGUCCAUCGUCAAUCUUCACUAUAUGAUGGCAACCCCUACGACAUUAAUCGUGUUCACACGAGAAAUUCAUUCUCUUAG